AUGUACCUCAACCGCCUGUGCCGCUGUCACGCAACUAAUCUGCAAAUAGCCAGAACUUACACCCCCUGUGCCUCUACCUCCUGUGCUGCUGCUACUGCCACUGAUUCCUCUACCGCCUGUUCCUCUACUGCUGCUGCUGCUACUGGUGCCUCUACCACCUGUUCCUAUGCCGCUACCGCUGGUGCCUUUUAUGCCUGUGCCUCUACCGCCUGUGCCGCUGCUGCCUAUGCCUCUACCACCUCUGCCUCUGCCACUGAUGCCUCCACCACCUGUGCCUCUACUGCCUGUUCCACUGCUGCCGCCGGUGCCACUAGCACUGCUGCCUCUGUCUCUACUUCCUGUGCCUCUGCCCCUACCGACUGUGCCUCUGCUGUCUGUGCUACUUCCUCUACCAUCUGUGCUGCUGUCACCUGUGCCUGUGCCACUGCGACUGAUGCCUCCACCACCUAUACUUCUAACGUCUGUACCUCUGCCACCUGUGCCUCUACCACCUGCACCUCUGCCACUUCCACCUCUGUGUGUGCCAUCGCCGCUGAUGCCUCUGCAGUCUGUGCCUCUGCCACUGCUGCUGAUGACUUCAUCGCCUGUCCAUCUACCACCUGUGCCACUGCCACUGCCUUCUGUGCCUUUACAGCCUGUGUCGCUUCUACUUCUGCCUGUAACUCCACCACCUGUGCCUCUACCACCUAUGCCGCUGCCACCUGUGCCUCUUUCACCUGUGCCUCCACCGCCUGUGCCUCUACCUACCGCCUAUGCCUAUUCUGCUGCUGGUGGUGCCUCUACCGCCUGUAG